AUGGGCGACUAUGCUCCCCCUCCGGGCCCACCCCCACCUCAGGUUCCUGAAGGCUGGAAGGCUCAGUGGAACGACCAAUACAAGGAAUGGUUUUUCGUAAACCUGUACACCAAGCAAUCGCAAUGGGACAAGCCCACCCAGCCCGCCUAUCCUUCGUCAGGCGGCCCCCUCCAGCAUCUCGGUGCUGAGAAGGGUGGCUACGGCUCAAACAACCCUUACGGCGGCUCCUCGACUCACUCGGCCGGCUCGUCACACAAUGUCAACGACGACGAGGCCCUUGCCCGCAAGCUUCAGGCCGAGGAAGAAGCUCGCGCUCGUCAGUCCGGCCAGUCUGGAGCUCGCUCAGGCGCCUCCGACAACUACUACAGCUCCGGAACUCCUCAGUACCAGUCUCAGUCCCAGUCCCAGCCUCAAUACCAAUCUCAGCCUCAGUACUCGAAUGAGCUGCCUCCCCGCGACCAGGACCGUGGUAAGAGCAAGGGCGGACUGAUGGGAAAGCUUCUCGGCAAGGUCUCGGGCUCGAGCUCGCGUCCUCCCCAGGGUUACGGCCAGCAAGGCUACCCCUCUGGCGGCAUGAUGGGUGGUGGUGGCAUGCACCAACAGCAAUACGGCGGAUACCCUCAGCAAGGCUAUGGAGGCUACCCGCAACAGCAAAUGUACGGACAGCCACAACGUAAGACGGGUGGCGGUAUGGGCAUGGGUGGCAUGGCUCUGGCUGGUGGUGCCGGUCUGCUUGGUGGUGCCAUGUUGAUGAACGGCAUCGACGAUAUGGAAGAUCGCUCCUACGAACAAGGCUAUGACAAUGGAGGCGGCGGUGAUGACUAUGGCAACGACGACUACGGUGGUGGCGAUGAUGGUGGCGGUGACUUCUAG